AUGCCGAGCGAGCGCCACAAGCACAUGAUUAUUGCAGCCAAUUCUCUCUCUAUGAUCCUUGUUGUCGCCAUUUGCGCGGUAGUUGCCAUUGUCAAUAACUCCAAGUCCACCAUCGCCAAUUCCACUUCUUCCUCCUCCACCUCCUCCUCCAUCUCCUCCCAUAAAUCCUCCUCUACCUCAUCCUCGUUCACCUCCUCCUCCAACUCCACCAAGUGGUUUCAAAUUUCCAAUGCCAUUCAAGUCCUCUGCUCGCCGACUACCCACCUCACCAUCUGUGAAUCCAACUUGAAAGACGCAGUGAAUGCUAUAUCUACCCCUAAAGACCUCGACCGUGUCGCCAUAGACGUCAUUGUCGACGAGGUCAGCAAAGCAUUCGAGCACUCUGACACGGUCGGGACGAUGGCGGUAAAGAGCGCCGUGGAGGUCUGCCAAAAGCAGGUGGCGGAGCUCAACAGCGCGCUGAAUGCCAUCGACGCUUACCACCUGAACCAGCUCCCGGAGCAGGUGCACGAGCUCAAGAACUGGCUCAGCGCGGCCGCCACUUACCAAGAGACCUGCAUCGACGGCUUCCCUGACGGGGAGCAAAAGGACAAGAUACUGGCCGCCAUGACCACCGCCAAGCAGCUGACAUGCAACGCUUUGGCCAUCGUGGGCCGCUUGUCCUCGUUCCUUUCGCUCAUCAAAAUCGGCGGCGGGAGCAGCAGCCGGCGUCUCCUCGCCAAGGACCGAUUGAUCGAGGAGGAUGGGGCUCCCAACUGGCUUCGCGACGGCGACGUCAAACAGUUUCUCCUCGGCGGCGCAGUCAAGCAGUUGACCCCUAACAUAAUAGUGGCCAAGGACGACAGCGGAGACUUUAAGACCAUCUCUGAGGUGCUUGCUAAAAUACCGAACUCCUACGAUGGCAGGUAG